GAAAAACAGGAAGAAUGAUAGAGUUAGAGGAGAGCAACGUUACCCUCAGUCUUGCCAUUGCAGGACCUGAAAGCCUUCCCAUCGACAAAAUUCCGGAGGAGAAGAAAAGGAGGAGGACGCUUUUCCUGGCUCGGCGAAGGGAAGCAGACAAUCCAUCAGCCAAAGGCAGCAGCAAAAGGAAGAAACUGAGGCUAUCAAAGGAGCAGCUGAAUUUGCUUGAAAAAAGCUUCGGAGCUCACGCCACUCUUGUUCCCGAACAGAAGCAAGAGCUGGCGCAAAGGUUGAACUUGGAGGCAAGGCAAGUGGAAGUGUGGUUCCAGAAUAGAAGAGCCAGGACGAAGUUGAAGCAGACUGAAGUGGACUGUGAGUUGCUGAAGAAGCGGUGCCAGAGGCUGAUCGACGAGAACACGAGGCUGAAGAAAGAGCUAAUCGAGUUGAGUUCUGGGAUGCAAUUGUGCUUAAAAACGUGUUGUUGGUGUAACGAGAUGGUGGGCGAUCAUGAGAGUAACAGGGCGGUUUCUUGAGCUUUCUUCACCAUUAAGCUAAUUAGCAUGCAUAGAGUUAUUGACUGGUCUUGGCACGUUCUGUUCAUAGGAUUGUAUUAACUAACAAAUUUCAGAUCUCUCAAAAUUAUUAUAUGUUAAGAAUUAAGGUUAAAGAUGAGGAUUGUUGAUAUUCGAUGGUUUCAUAUAGAUUUGGUUUGACUGGGCA